AUGAAUGUAAUAUUUAAAUUGUAUUUAACGAUAGAUGCACCAAAAAAAAAGAAAGUUACAGUAAGAGACUUCUUGUCGAUUCGUUAUUCCAUGCCAUACAGGUUAGCCUCAAAUUAA